GCUAAGGGAAACCUAAAAAGCGACCGACUCUGUCUGGUAGAGUGGAGGGGACAAAACUCCGAUCACAAAGCCUUGGUUUCUCCGUCUUUGUUGGAGAUUUUCAAGCGUUCUUCGAUCCACGUCUUUCCAAAUUCCCCCUUUUUUUAUUCCUUAAUAAAUGCUGAAGCUUUUAAUCAGAAGCUCUCACCUUUUCUCAGAUGAGGCCUCUUUGGAUACAAUCUUCUUCGUUCCAGAUUCGUAAUUUCCAGACCCACCACGUUUCCUUUAUAGAGCUCUCUAAUGGCGGCCGUUUCCGGACACUUGAUUGUUUUCAAGGUUCCUACAUGUUCCACAUCAGUCGGUCACUCGCAAAAACAACCGAUCUUUGGUUCCGAGGUGAAGUUGAGGGAAACUGAGGAAACCCAGUUGAGAUUUUUAGACCUUUUCAGGAGAUUCCCAAACUUAAAACUCAUGGCUUCAGGGAAGCCCCCAUCGCUGACUCAAGAAGCUAAAGCUGAUACCGGAAAUAGCACUGAUAUUUUCGAGGACAUGAAACAACAUUUUCUCAUGUUUAAAAAGCACAAAUAUAUGGAGAACUUAGAACAUUUCAAGAAUCUUUCAAAUGCUCAGGCUCCAAAGUUUCUGGUGAUUGCUUGUGCAGACUCUAGGGUCUGUCCUUCCAUUAUUCUAGGAUUUCAACCGGGAGAGGCCUUCACGGUUAGGAAUAUUGCGAAUUUAGUACCUGCGUAUGAGUCUGGCCCUUCAGAAACAAAAGCUGCUCUCGAGUUUUCUGUUAAUUUCCUUAAUGUUGAGAACAUCUUAGUUAUUGGCCAUAGCCGCUGCGGGGGAAUCCGGGCCCUUAUGAGCAUGGAAGACGAAGCAGAUUCCAGUAGCUUCAUCCAAAAUUGGGUAAUUGUCGGGAAGGAAGCAAAGGCAAGCACGAGAACUGCUGCUUCCGAUCUCCAUUUCGAUCAUCAAUGCCAGCAUUGCGAGAAGGAGUCGGUCAACUGUUCGUUGCAGAACUUGCUUGGUUACCCAUGGAUUGAAGAUAAAGUACGAGGGUCACUCUCUUUGCAUGGAGGGUACUACGAUUUUAUGGAUUGCAAGUUUGAGAAAUGGACGAUUGAGCACAGAGAAACCACAACGGGCAAGGAAGGAAGUAGAAUUGCCAUCAAAGACCGGUCAGUUUGGUCCUAGGGAUACUGUAAUCCUUUGUCAAACAGUUCCAAUUUCUUCUUUCCUCAGAUAAUUUAUGUGAAAAAUAAGUUAGAAAAAUACAGAGAAACUUUCUGUUACCCUUAAAAAAAGGAUAUUUUCGUUUUGAUAGAAAAAAAAUUAUCUUUCAAUUUAAAUGCAAUGUAACACGGGCAUUUAAACAAGUCGUUGCAAGACCAUGUAUUCACGUGACUGAUGUAUAUUCUCUUUCCAUUAAAGUAAAGUAUCCAAAUC